CUGUUCUAUGCCGAUCGGGUUCUGUUCAAAGGGAGAAGAUUGGUUGAGAGAACAACCCCUACUUUUAUAGGCUGGACUGACUGGGCCUUGAAGGAAAGACAGUCAGAGGAAAUUAGUACAAAUUCAUUUGGCAAAGGUGCAUUUACAGAGAGGGUUGAACUUGCACCUUCAUCUCUUCCUACUGGAAACUCACCUAAAAGUGUUGAUACAAUUAGAAAGGAUUGUAUUGAUAGGGUUCAACGGAGAGCUGCAGAGUUGGAAUCUGCAAAAGAAAGAUAUGAUGCUGAGUGUGAGACAAUGAGAAAGCUGUUCCCCAAUGAUAAUGAGCUCUUGCAAAUUCAACAAAGAGUUUCAAAUGUUCUUGUGCAGGGGUGUGGACAUCGUGUAAGUACCUGUAACGAUGAAACAGCUGAGAGAAACAUUGUUGAUGAUACACCUAACAUGAACACAAAUGUGAGUAGAGAUAUGCAUGCUUCCCCUGCUGUUGAUCCAACAUCAGCUGAGAUACCACAAACCCAAGUCUCCCCAAAUUUUAUUCAAGAAGUUGAUAAGAUUAUAGAGACUGUUAGCAAGAAAAAGGAUGAAAGACCAGUGAAGCGGAAGCUCAGCGAAUGUGGUACCCCACAGACUGAAGAACCUAGUUUUUCUCUUGGCCUAACACAGGAUACUGAGAAUGAGACAGUGGAAAUGGUAGAUAUUGUUCAGGUUGCUAAACAAGUUGAAUCUGAAGUCACUGAUGACCCUGUAAAAAGAACUGAUAAACAAGUUGAAGAUGCUGCUGCAGUAGAUGAAUGUAAACAUAAGAAAGUUGAGGUGACCGAAAAUAAGGGAGAUGCGGGAAGGAGGAAAGAAAAGAGGAUGGUGAAGCCUGCAACGUCUCUUCGGUCACCAUGGGUGCAGAGGGUAUCUCAGAUUACUGCUAGGCAAAGUCAGCUGGAAAGCAUCAUAUGGAAUUGGGUACAUAGAGAAAAAGCAAGGCAUUCAGCUGAUGAUUCUGAUGAAGAAGAGGAUUUUGAAGUGGUUUUUAAGUGGAGACAAAUUGAAUGUUUCUUACUGGCUUUCAAGACUUUCCUUCCUGAUGAGGACAUUGAGGCAAAUUUAAUCAGCAUUUGGUCCAAUAUUUUGAACAACAGAGAAAAAAUGAAGUCGGAAAAUUCUCCUCUUAGAUUCUUCUGCAAUGUUGAGACAACCUUUUGCAACAUUCAUCACACAGAUGAGGCCAAUGAUGAAUUGAGAUACAGUCGUUUUGCUUCCCGGAUGGAUGAGCAACUUGCUCUGUAUCCACAUAUGAAGUUUAAUGAGAUUGAUAUGGUCUUCUUCCCCAUAAAUGCGUUUGAGCAUUUCUACAUUGUGUGCUAUGGGCUAAAAAAUCCAAGUAUGGAGCUGAUUGACAAUAGCAAAAACUGCCCAGACUACAAGGAAAAAUACCAAGGUCGUCCUCAGGGUUUG